UCCGCGACCGCAUCGCGCGCUUUAUGAACGUACCCGCUUAAAUUUGAAUUUCGAAUUCGAACGUUCGAAAUAUAAGACGCGCCACGAACUAUUUUAUUUGACAUUUGUUUUUUAACGAAUCGAUUAUUUUUGACGUGCAUUUCUACGAUUAUUUUUCGUUUUUUGUUUUUAAUUUUCGAACGUGUUAGUGUUGUGUUUUUUAAAAGGGCGAUUUUGGAAAAUGUUCUCUUCGUCCGAAUAAUCGGUCGCAUCGUAUUAUUUUUUGAACGUUCCGGAGCAGCGCCCUGCGGUCACGGAGAUGCAGGCGCGGCACAGUUACCUGUGGCAUCUUCUCAUAGACCUGCCCAUCCUUAUACUAGUUGCGGCAAUCUGUAUACUACUGGAGGUGGGGGCGCUGCCGAGUAGACGCGGCGGGUUCACAUGCAACGACCCGGCACUCUCGUACCCUCACACGGGGGAUACAUUCUCCAUCUCCUUUGUAGCUGCUAUCACUGUCAUCGUUCCCUUCCUUGUUAUGUGGGGAGUGGAGACGAUACUCCAUCAAGACGAUGAGUAUACGAUGAAGAAGAACAAGCUAAUAUCGAGCGCGAAGACCGCGUCUUUGAUGUACAGAGACUAUAUCUACGGAUCAGUAGUCAAUCUGACCGUACUGGAGGUUGUCAAGUGCGUGGUGGGAUCACCCAGACCGACCUUCUUUGAUUUAUGUCAGCCUGAUAAGGCAAGAACUUGCAAUAAUUCGGAGUACGUCAGCAGCUACACUUGCACCUCCACCAAGUACUCCAGAUAUCUUCAAAUCGAUUCCAGUCGAAGUUUCCCGUCUGCACACGCGUCCCUUUCCAUCUACUGCGGGUUCUUUAUUGCUUGGUACCUACAACGUCGUGCGUUCAGUUGGCGCAGCAGGUCGGUGCUGGUGGUGCCGCUGCUGCAGACGCUGGCGGUGCUGUACGCCGCAGUCUGCGCGCUCACCCGCCUCACAGACCGACGUCAUCACUGGUGGGAUGUCCUCGCUGGUGCUGUUAUGGGUUUUAUCACUGUUCUCUACACGGUACUAGUUCUUUGUAAAAACUUCUCACAGCCGUCAGUAGUGAGUACUAGUGAUAUCAGCAGUAGUGACGGCAACAACCACCAGUCUGUGCGGCGGCUGCUGGCCAGCGAGCCACGGGUCGUGGUGCCCUAGCCCGAGCCGGUCUAGACCGAUCGGUCUCAACUUGAUAGUCUUGCGGUCUGAAGUGAGACUGCUAACAAUCGACAAGGAUGAUGUCUCUGUUUUAGACUGUUUGAAAUGCGCUUUGAAGUAAUAGUGAUGUUCUCCAGCUAGUCUAGCGCGGUUUGAAAUGGAUAAACUCUUAGUGAAGUUUUAGACGGCUAAUGUUUUCCAAGUGAUUUGUGGCAGCUAACACCAUAACAAAAUAGUGACAAGAUCUAAAGUCGGAGAAAGAGACAAAUGUGUGUAUAAAGACGAUAUUUUAGAAAUGUAGAAGAAGAUUAGUUACGAAAUAAUUAAUUUUCUUUGAUAAUAUCCGAAUAAGGGAUUGUAAAGAUCUAGUGUGAUUUGACAAUUAGAUUUUAGUUAAUAUAAAUUAGUGUCUAGAAAUUACGUGUGUUAAAUCAAGAGAAUUUGGUAUUAAUUUUCAAAAUGAUAUCAUAUCAGCUAAUUUUGUAUAUUUAUUUAUUGCGUAAAUGUUGUUAACGCGUAAACAAAUUACAUGCAUUGUCAGGCUACAACGAAAUUACGUAAUUCUAUAAAAGAAUAUCAACAAAAACUGCAGAAUGUGUGAAUAAGUUUACCUUCAAAGAUGUUUAUUUGGGUUAAUAUGAAUUCAAACGUGUUCAAAUGUAUUAAAUACGCGUAACGCAAUGCAGUUUUCAACGUUAACAAAAUACUGAAUUAUUUAUACUAUCUUAAGUAUUUAUUAAUUUAAAUACUUCAUGAUAUAUUUUUUUCCCAGUGAAGAUGUUUGAAACUUAACAUUUAUGUUUUUUAAUGAGAGAUGUUACGUUUAUGAAUGCAUAGAAAUUAUUAUUUAUUGUGACAAUAUGACUGCUCUAAUUACGUUUAAAACUUUUAGAUUUAAUCUACGAUAUGUAAUUGACAAUUAUUAGUUAGUUUUCGUCACUUGUAACGUUGUAGAAGAACAUAGAUAAUACAAUAAAAUAUUAUGGGACCCAAAUUGUAAAUUGUCUGAUAAAAUGCAACAU